GCAGUCAAUCAGUCAGUGUUGUUCAUCCUCGGGCGUCUGUCAACUGUUAGUGUAAUUCGCUGAUUAUAAAACAAAAUAAUGUCGUUCUUAGCUAAAUUGUGGCGAUGGGCGAGGCCGUAUAUUGUUAAUAUUAAUGUAUUAAGACCAAAACCUACACUUCCAGAAAUAGUAGUGGAAAACAGAGAGGAAAGUCAUCAAAUUGACGACGAAGGAGCGUCGUCCCAAAAGAUCAGGGCGACGUUUGAAAAAAUGGGGUUCUGCGUAAACUCUGCCCGAAUGCCAAAGGGCCAGAUAAUAUACACCAAACCAACGGCGAAACUACUUCUACCACAUAACAAGAAGUCAAAUCUCAAUAAGAAGACCAAAUCACACCUAUCGAAUUUCGAAGCAGUCCAUCCUUACAUGAUUCAAGAGUCACAACAGCAAAGAGUGCCGCUAGAGGAUUCCGAAGUGAACACUGAAGUUGUAUGGGAAAGUGAAAAACAUGACCCAGCAACGAUAUCUGAUGCCACUAAUACAGACGUCGAAGAAUUUAAAAACGAGUGUAAAUCUACCGGUGAAUCGGAUAAUGUUGAAGUUAUGCCGGCAGAAGUGGCCUUACCUGAUUCUACCGACGUAGACACUGAAGAUUCGGAUGACAUGACCAAUGAAGCUGCCCCAAUGGAUAUCCCAAGCACAGCAACCAAAGAAGUUUCACCAAACAAAAGUGUCACGAAGCCAAAACAGUCUUUCAAGGAUUUGAUUGACUUCUCUGCACCAGCAGCAUUAAAUAGAAAAAGAGUAAACCUGCCGGAACAAGAUGCCAGGCCCAAACUAGCGCCGAAAAAGAAGAACCAACAGAUGACCCCGACAGCGCCACUGCCAGAGCCGAAAACUAUUUAUACUAGAGCGUUUUUGCAGGACCCGCAAUACGUUACAGGUGAAGUUGAAGAAGCAAUCGAAACAGAUCCUAAUGAGGAUACAAAUGUAACGGAACAAAUGAUCAAUGAUAGUCCGUUAGAAGAUAAAAUGGUAGCAGAUAUGAGGGGGAAGAAAUACGACUGCUGGAGCGUAGACGACAAUGUGCCACCGGAAUUGAAAGACGCCCCAAAAAUGGUGAAAUACUGGAGGAAAAGGCACUCGCUAUUCCACAGGUUCGACGAAGGCAUAAAACUAGACCACGAGAGUUGGUUCAGCGUGACUCCAGAAAGCGUGGCGUGGCAUAUCGCCAACAAAUUCGCAUAUGACGUAGUAUUAGACGCAUUCUGUGGCGCAGGAGGCAACACCAUACAGUUCGCCAGGACUUGCGCGAAAGUUAUAGCCGUCGAUAUUGAUCCGUUGAAGAUUGAAUUGGCUCGACACAACGCAAAAGUGUAUGGCGUCGCCGACCGCAUAGAAUUCAUAGUGGGCGAUUUCUUCGAGCUCGCGCCGACGCUAAAAGCCGAUAUGGUGUUUUUGAGCCCACCCUGGGGAGGACCACAGUACUCACAGGUAAAAAACUAUAACUUGGAAACGAUGCUCGAGCCGAGACCGGCGUCGGAGCUUAUGAAGACCGCGCUGUCAAUAUCGCCAUACGUAGCGAUGUAUGUGCCAAGGAAUACCACGUGCAAUCAGCUCGUCAAUUUAGGAAGGCGCAAGAAUGGCGCGCUGGAGAUCGAGCAAAGUUUCAUUGGCAAGCGCUUCAUUGCGCUCACCGCUUACUAUUAUUGAAAUGUGUAUUUUAUUUAAUGGUUUUAAGGUUUACAAUACUGUGUCCGGCAUUUCAGUGGCGCGUGAAAGAUACAAAAUAGGUGUUGUUUCUUUCAAGUAAAAUUACGGGCACAGUGUUAAGAUUCUAUGUAUUGAAAUUUGUACAUUUCGUUUUGAUCUCUCUGUUUAAUUAAGGUUGACAGACUUUUUUUUUUUGUUUAGCAUUAGCCGCCUAGAACUGGUUCGCUUGCCGAACUAUAACUCCGUUGCGGGUUCGAACCCCGCUGGGUACAAAUGCUUGUAAUAAGCACAAACAUUUUAUUAGUCUUGGACAUGUUUACUAUAUUGUAUUCUGUCUGUAAAUAACUUUUAUUCAUUCGAAGUAUCUAUGAUACUAUAAAUGUAUUUUUAACGUUGUUUGCAAGCAAUGUGAUUACUUCUUACAAUUUAAAUGUAUCUUAUAGAUUUAAACAUACAAUAAGUAUGUCAAUUCUAUUUUGUAAAAAUAUUUGUUUACUUCCCAGCAAUACUUUUAAUUUUAAGAGAUAUCGCUCAAAUUGUAUAUUUUAAGAUUUAAAUUUGUAUCACGUGUUUUAUAUUGAUAAAGACAUUGAUUCUAAGUCCAUUUCAUGUUUAAGGUAAUUUCUGACAUUUGUCAUAAAACUUGCAUUUGGUUGGGUUUAGUAGUUCUUGUACAGCUUCCAAGUGAACUAUUGAAAAUAAUUUGUAGAGCUCAACAUAUUGUAAUUUUGAUUAAAAUAGUGUAAGUUGUUUGUAAGUUUGUGUUCCUUAUUUUAAAUAAAUAAAUAAAUAAAAUAAAAUAAAAGGUAUUUAUUUCAGGCACAGCCCAUAAAAGUGUUAGUAACAAAGGUCUUAUGUUAUAAACUAUGAUUAGUAAAUCACACAAAAACCUAUACAUAAUUAAAUAACGACAAUUUGGUGUCUUUAGUAAGAUGGACGCGUGUCCAGUCCAGGGAUACAUUUUUGUCUUAUACUUUUUGAAAAUGGACCAUAGAAACAAUUAUUAUCUAAUGAUUGUACAAUUUCUAUGAAA